UAAUUAAAACUCUUCAACACCAGAUGCCUUCUGUUGCCACCUGCUGUGUGCUGCUCCCAAGAGAGCUAAUGCUGUGUGACAAACCCUAUUUUCCCAAUCAAUAACCAGCACCCAAACCUGUCACAUCUUUACUUCUCCACUGCUCACAAACUGCAUAUGACAUAGUGUUUGCUAUUGAGAUAUAUUCUCCACCAGUACAUGCAUUACAGGAAAUGAAGGGGCUUCACAGAAACCAAAAGAAAAAUUCUAAUCUAAAUAAAGACUCUUGCUUCAUGACUUCCUCUGUUAGAUCGAAGCUCGGCUGCGAGGGCACAGUAUAGUCAUUAACCGUACAGCCCUCAGAACAGUUACGAUGCCAACAACAUGGAUCUCUGAGGCAAACCAUCAUGGAUCAUAACACAUCUUCUCCAGACAUCAUGGAAGGCCAUGCCCCUCAAGUGUACCGGACUGUAAGCCUAGUGUUUUAUGGGAUUAUUUUCAUCAUAGGCACAGUGGUCAACCUGACUGCACUCUGGGUCUUUGCCUUGACCACUAAAAGACGGAACUCCAUCACUGUGUACAUGAUCAAUGUGGCUUUAGUGGACUUGGUAUUUAUCUUACUGCUGCCUUUUCGAAUGGUCUACUACAGUCAAGACUACUGGCCCUUUGGAGACGUGUUCUGCAGGAUUAAUGCCGCAAUAACGGUGCUCUAUCCAUGCCUGGCCUUGUGGCUCUUUGCCCUCAUUAGCACAGAUCGAUACGUGGCCAUAGUGCAGCCACGACACACUCGAGAACUAAAAAGCGUCCGUAAAGCCUUGCUGUCCUGUGCCGGAGUCUGGAUCAUGACCCUCGGCAGCACAGCUCCGCUUGUUCUCCUGGAGGAAGACCCUGACCGCAACACAAACUAUACCACUUGCAUCAAGAUGCAUGACAUCAUCUACUUGCGCCGAGACAAUCCCGUCCACUUCACGCGUAUCGUCUUCUUCUUCCUGGUGCCGGUGUGUAUCAUGGUGGGCUGUUACAUGAUCAUCGUGGACAACCUCAUCCAUGGCCGCACGUCCAAACUGAAGCCCAAAGUCAAGCAGAAGUCCAUCCGGAUCAUCAUCACACUGAUCGUUCAGGUGCUGGUGUGCUUUGUGCCUUUCCACAUUUGUUUUGUGUCCAUGCUGCUGGCCAGCAGUGAGGGGGGUUACAACAACUGGGGGGCCUUCACCACCUUCCUGAUGAAUGCCAGCACAGUGCUGGACAUCAUACUCUUCUACAUUGUGUCGAAGCAGUUUCAGGACCGUGUGAUCAGUGUGAUCUUGUAUAGAAACUACCUGAGGAGUGUUCGCAGGAAGAGCCUUCACACCAACAGCAUUCGCUCACUCAGCAACCUGACCAGUGCCAUGAUCUGAGGAAUAAUCAUUUGGAUCAAGCCAAAUGAUUAUACUAGACAGUAACAGCAGCUCUGCAGCUAAUAUGCAGUCAACUCAGGAGACAGAUCACAUGUGCUCCAAUGUCUUCAUUGGCUGCUACAUUGCAUCACUGCUCAUUUGCAUAAAGUUAAACUUUUAUCAGGUUUGCUGCCAGAUAAGCAUCACCACACACUGCACAAUAACUUUAUGUGUGAACACACCAUAUAACAAACUCUUUUUUUUUUCCAGUGGUUGUGUUUCAUGUUGCAAGUGUGUGUGCUGUUUUAAACCCGAGCGCUCAAAAUAAUGAAUUUGUGUUUGAGUAGGGCAAACAUGAAUCAAACUAUUUACUUUUAACAAAUUAAUUUUUAUUCAAUUGCAUGAGUAUUUCAAACUUUCUUUUUCUUCUGAGUACAUGAAACGACAUAAUAUAUUAAGUAAUCUGAAUGGUUUCAUUGUUUUGAAUUUAAUGAACUUGUUUCUUUAAUGAACUGAAAAUGGAGGGUGAAUGGUAAAUUAUGUUAUGGUAGAUUUAGUAGUGUUCAGUGUUUUGCUAUGUUAAUACCGUCAUGGCAACGAGUGGAGCAUGAGUUUGGUUUAUGAAUGUUCUUUACUGCUUCAUUCAGCAAUAUACUAAUUAAAGCAUUGCUUUACCAAUUAACAAGUUAGCAUUUACUGAAUUAGCUAGUUAUAGCAAAUUAAGUUUCCACUACUAAACAUAUUUAAAUUGAGAUUACCUUACAAUUUUUAAUUUUUAAUCGUUUUUAAUAGUUGGCUUUCUCCAAUAUUUCAAGUUAAGUGCAAUCUUACUUAAACUUUGAAUUUCUUAACUUAAAAAUUUAUUUUAUAAAUUACCUCAACUUUUUUUUCUUUCAGUUUUACAGUGUGUUGUUACAUAAGCUUACAUAAGCACAGCAAGGUCUUUGAAAUAGUUUGCAUGGCAAAACUUUCUUUGCAGUCUUUGUACAAUAUGUGCAGAACAUGUUAGUCUUUUGCUAAGCAUGCUUUUUUUUGUCAUACCAAGUAUGAUCUUCAGAAACAGUGAAUGUCUUUGAAGAGGUUAGUUCAAAAGAUGUGCAUAUGUAUAUUUGGUCCUUUUAGAAGUGUAAAACGAGAUACUACCUUUCAGUGUGGGAUGUAAUGCACAUUAAAUUUCCCCCAAAGGGAAAAGGUAAUUCAAUGACGUAAGAGCACUUUAUCUCUAAUCAUUUUGGUAUUUAAUGAAACUGAAAAAAUAAAUAAAUAAAUAAAAUAACCGUAACAAAUCAUUUUACACACACACACACACACACACACACACACACACACACACACACACACACACACACACACACACACACACACACACACACACACACUGCACCAUUUUGUUUAAUAAAAGCUGAUCACAAUUACAACCGAACUGAAUCAAGAUUUUGGUACAGCACAUGACAGUAAACUUGACCUGUAGUAUAUAAAACGCCAGCUGGUGACGCUACUGACCAGGGCACAUUUAUGCCUCUCUCACAGUGCUUUAUCUCAAUAUCACCAUCAGGUGGUGUCAUGUAACGUUAACAAAUGACUUGAAAGUGGCAUUAUAUCUGCUUAUAGUUUUAAAUGAUAUUUCAAUUUUCUCUGUUUUCUUUAACUUUCCAUUAAAUAUGUGACUGCUGACA